AUGGCCAUCAUUAAUCAGCCUUCGGGCCAAAUUAGACUCACGAAUGUGUCUCUAGUACGAAUGAAGAAGGAGAAAAAACGAUUCGAAAUCGCUUGCUACCAGAAUAAAGUCCAGGACUGGAGACUGAGGGUGGAGAAAGAUAUCGAUGAGGUUCUCCAAAUUCCACAGGUUUUCAUGAAUGUUUCCAAGGGCCAAGUGGCCAAUAAUGAGGAUUUAUUGAAGGCCUUUGGCACCACCAACCACGACGAGAUCAUCAAAGAAAUAUUAGAGAAGGGAGAGAUCCAGCUUAAUGAAAAGGAGAGAAGUGCCAACUUGGCCCAGAAGCAAAAUGAAUUCCUCAAUUUGAUCUCAACCAAAUGCAUCAACCCACGGUCUAAGAAGAGAUACCCUCCCAGUAUGCUUCAGAAGGCAUUGGCACAGUUAAAGUUCCACUUGAACCCCAACAAGCCCGCAAAGACUCAAGCCCUUGAGGCCAUUAAGCUUUUGAUUGCUAAGCAGGUGAUUCCAAUUGCCAGAGCACAGAUGAAGGUGAAGAUAACUGUUUUGGCUCGUGUGGAGGAGUCGUAUAGGGAGCAUUUGGUGCCUAUUCUUGAUAAGCUCGAGAGCGAGAAUGGAGGUGCCAAAUUGUUUGAGGCGGUUGCUAUCAUAGAUCCUUCAAAUUAUAAGACCAUUGUUGAUAUUUUGCAGGGCGAAGAUGCAAAGUUCAAGAAGGGAGAGGGCUCUGUUGAGGUGUUGGACAUGGCAGCAGUGCAAGAGUAG